CUCAACCAUGGCAGUCAAAACAAAUUCAGAACCCCAGCCUUCUCUUCCCGAGAAUUCUCAACCUCCAAGAAGACCGGCGCAUUCGAUACACAAUCGUCUGGAGUCCAUAACGUCAGACUCUUUAUUUGCCACGCGGGUCUCCCAUUCUUAUGGAUUGCCAUUAAUCGCCAACGAAAGAUGCGGAAGUUGGUACAUCUCGCCCGCCCUAAAAACCGGAAGCGCCUAUUUCAAAAGCACCGACGGCCACGUUGAAGAAUGGGGUUUCAGCUUGCGAAGGGUAAACCUACAGUUGCUAGAGGUAAUAGCAGAAAGAGAUGGAGCAAUCAUUGUGGAUUCGACGCGACGGAAAAUCAUGCCCGAUUCAAUAUCAAAAACAAUCCCGAUAUGGUGCUGUGUUAUGAACCGUGCAAUAUUCCCAAACUGUGCGUCGCACCACCAACUCUAUACUCCGCAGGACGUCGUUUCUGCCUCUGAGCACGAGAAGAUUGAAAGACGGAUUGAUGGGUUUGUUCGACAGUUCCUAGAUGUCUGCAGACCUGACCUCGAGUACCUACGAUCCCGGAUUUCGAAGCCAUUGCGUCCAAUAUGGAUCACGCAGAGUUCAGAGCUACCUGAGAGUAUUCCGCAGUAUCCUGAUAUGCACCCACUGAUUCUAUGCACGGCUUCGCGUCGUGUCACGAGUUCAGAGAGCUCUGAAAGUGGAUACGUUCAGGGAGCUGCAGAUGAUCACGAAGCAUGGUCGGGCGGCCUCACCCCUACCUUGUUCUGGAAACACAAGACGCAGCUCCUGGAAACGAACGAAGAGGAAUUACCAGCACUUAUCAAGAAAAUAGCUUUGGAGGAGGAGGCCUCUGACGCAGCACCUAUUCUUGUCGAACCAACAGCAAACUUAUUCGUAUCAGCCACACAGAACCUAGAUACGACACCAUUCGAUGUAGUUAUCAGCUGUGGAGCGGAGCCUCUACCAAUACCAAACCCCACCCCUGGAACGACUCAAAAGAAGAACUAUCUCCAUCUAAAGUGCCAGAACGGUAAACCUGGCUCGCGGGACCUACGCUCGCAACUUCCACAUCUCGUCCCAUUCUUCUCCGCUCUUACCUCCCCACCCAGGAAGAUCCUGGUGUGCUGCCCAACAGGGAAAGACCUCUCCGUUGGCGUCGCUCUUGCCAUUCUGUGCUUAUAUGUCGACGAGAAUGGCGACAUGUCCUCCAACCCGCGGGAACAGGAUAUCGAUAAAGUCUUUAUCAAACAACGCUUGAACUGGUUGACAAAAACGAAUGCGAGCCUCAAUCCUUCCAGGAAAACACUUCUAUCAAUUCAUGCUUUUCUCAUGCCAGACCCUUCGGUUUGA